CAGCCACAAAUCCACUCUUUCCAGCCACAACCUGCCACUUCAAGCUACGAACCAUCUGGUAUUGUCAACCUUCUGCCAGUGAUUUGCGGAUUUGUCGUUUUCCAGAGAUGAUGGUUGUGCUCCUCAUUCCUCUGACGGGCCUAACUUAGCCCGUGCUCGCGCGCUUCCCCUUCCCUUCGUUAGUACGUCGCAUGCGUCCUCGAUAGUGGACCGCCGGAGCCUGGCAAUGCAGCCGAGCGAGCAUGAUUGGUGGCGGGACUGCUGCACACGUGGCAUUUCCGGGCUUUCUCUCCGUGUCGUGCUUAUCCUCGUCCUGCUCCUUUUAGCUUCCACCAGUGCCGCGAGGUCCAGCAACAUUAAGGAUUCUCACAAGAAAGACGCUAAGGAGCCAGCCUAUCUUGCGGGUUCCAGGCUUACUAGUCCGAGCGUCCUAACUUCCAAGGGAGCGGUGUCGUUCGUCGAUUCGAAAGACACGCGCGGGAUAACCGCUGACCUGUCCUCGUCAGACGGACCUGCAGGGACCAUCGUUCCGUCACGGUCAACUUCCCUUCCGAGACCAUCCUCCUCCUCGUCUACAGUCUUAAUCACGCUAUUAGACGGCUCGAUAAGAGCAGUAGACGCGCGAACCGGCGAGGUUAAAUGGACCUUCGCGUCCGGUCAACCGCUGGUCUCUGCUGCAGGGCCCGCGCGGGGAACAGGAGCGGAAGUGGGUCUGGCGGAAGGGAGGCUGGCGGAAGGUGGCGCAGGGGGGGGAAGGGGAGCCGAAAGGAGUGCGCGAGCGGGGAAGGCCAGGCAUGGGACGGCGGAAAGGUGGAGCGGGCGAGAGGAGGUGGAAUGGGACUAUGAGGAGGAGGAUGAGGAGGAGGAAGAUGAGGAGUGGGGAUGGGAGGGAGAGAGGAGGGGAAGAGAGAGUAUUGCACGUGAUAUCGGGGGUGGCGGGAGGGGUGAGGUGGGAGGUGGGAGGGGGAGCGGGGGGAGCAAGGAGAUGGUCAUUCCGGGGGUGAAUGGCCGACUCUACUCGUACAAAGAAGGAGUUGGCUUGCAGGAGCUGCCCAUAACGGCCAAGGAGCUCGUGUCCGCCUCCCCUUCAGUCACCCGCGACGGCUCCACCGUGAUCGUUGGAUCGCAGAAAUCAACGGCCUUUCUGCUCGACCCAGUCACAGGCGCCGUGCUCCGCUCCUUUGACCCCCUCGCUGCUCCGGGCGGCAACGGCUUGUCCGUUUCUGCAGCAGGUAACGAUGGGAGCGAGCAGAUGGACGGCCCACUGGCGGAGUGCUUAAGGAUGGCGGAAGAGGCGGAAGAGGAGAGGGGGGGAGGAGGCAUGGGAGCUGGUGGAAAUGGGCUGCUAGACAGCAGUGGGAGGGAGGGCGAGACAGGUGUAGGGACACCUCAGGGGGACAUGGACAAUAGGCGCAGUGGCAAGGCCCAGGCGAAGCCAGCAGACACACGGCGGAAGGCGGAGUGUGAUCGCCUGCUCGCCUCCUCCCUCCUGGUGCUCCGAACCGACUAUGUGGUUCGGGCGGUGGGGCUCAGGUCCGGCAAGCAGCGGUGGAACGUGAGCUUCGGCGAGCUGAGCCCCGUCAACGGGGCUGUGCUGGGCUUGGCGGGGGGCGUGGGGGGCGGUGUGGGGGGUGGAGGAGCGAUCGCGGGAGUUUUGGGGGAAGUGCUGGGGGGGGGAAGAGGAGGUGGAGGGGGGAAAUCGGCCAUGGAUCUUACAGGGAGAGGGGUUUUCGAUAGGCAAGGGAGCGGGGUACGAAGCGCUGCUGCUGCUUUGGCACUGGCAAAAGGACGACUCUUGCCGUCCAGCGUUCCUGGAGAGAAUACAGAGCCAGAUAGUGAGUUGGGUAUUGGGGUGGGAGGACAAGGAAAAGAGGAUAGGGAAGAGGCAGGAGCUCCAGGAAAAUCAGGAUUCCACACAGGGUUAACCGCUGCAGCAACUACGAGUAUAGACCCAUCUGAAGAGGGGCAUUCCGAUCUCUACUCCAUCCAGCUGACCAACCCGCAAACAGGACAGCAAACCUGGCAAACAACCUUUUCAUCUGCCCCGCUGGCAGCCUUCACGCCCUCGGGCAGGCUGGUACAAGAGUUCGUGUCCCGCGAGUCCUCCAGGGACAUAGGCCCGGGGCAGGUGCUGUACGUGGGCCGCGUGGCAGGCAGUCCCUUCGCCCUCGUCACUCCCAGCAUCACAGAUGAUGCUGCCGCUCUCCCCCUCCUCCCGUCCUCCUCUGGCGCUGCUGCGUCUGCUGGUCUGUCUGCUGCUGGUGGUGGGGCGGGGGGCGUCCUGGCUGGUAAGGCGGGCAAGUUCACCGUCACAGAGCCUCCCAGGAUACCAAGGGCACGAGGAACUGAAGGAACGGGUGGUCGUGGUAGUGGCUCUGAUGGUGGCGCUGCUGCUGCAGGUGGUGGUGCUGGGGAUAAUUCCUUGUACCCGAUCAUGGUGAGAGCACCGGGUACAACUGCUGCUCUCUAUGACGACAUGGGCUGCGCCGACGCCCCUGUUGUGGAAGAAGGCGUCAACAGUAGAGAGCGAGGCUCCUGGAACGAAUUUCAGGGUCGUUCAGGAAAGCAGGAACGACAGCAGGAGCAGCGUCAGCAGUACAGUAGUCAGCAGGAGCAGGCGCGAGCUCCGAGUCCCAUGGCGACACACAGGGAUACGAGUGGCAUGGAUGGAGGGGAUUCGCUGGGCUGGAGCGGCAUGAUCAGCUUGUGGGGGCGUGGCAGUGGCGCUGCUGACACUCCUGGUGCUGCUGCUGCUUAUAACGCGGAUGUGGAGCUAGGUGGAGGCAGAGGGGAGAAGAACCGGCGCCUAGGCCCCCCUAAGGACAUGGAGCCGGCUGUAGGGCCGCAGGCCCCUCCCACCCCGCCGAACCUGAUGUCCUCGUUUGGUAUACUGGCUGCCGCAGCUGCCACUCUGGCUGGGAUCGUUGCCGGUGCUUCGGUAUUCUCUUACUCCUCCCCCUCCUCCUCUUCCUCCUCGUCUGGUGCUGCUGCUUCUGCCCGUGGCACUCCGUCAAGAAAUCAAAGGCAGAAGCAGCAACAGCGACAGGUCUCCUCCUCUCACCCUCCCAGGCCUGGCUCCCUGGCAAAUGGUGUGCAGAGUGGCAGGGGGGCGUAUAGAGGAGGGGCUACUAACGAGGAUGGGCUGUCCUGGGUUGCCCGGGUGGUGGUGGCCCUGCUGCCGGCUUCCUUACAAGAGUGGGCGGUUGAGAGUCUAGGUGUGGGAAGUGGCGGCAGCAGGAAACGAGGCAGGCAGGGGACGUCUAGGAAAAAGAAGGGGUCGGAAGGAGCAGCAGCAGCCGAAGCAGCAGGAGCAGGAGGAGAAGGUGGGUCACGAGCAGAAGAGAGAGAUGAGCUGGCCAAUGGGGUUGUGACAGCUGGACGGGAGAGCACAGGGGAAGAGGUGGGCGAGGAGGCAGCAGGGGGUGAAGCUGGAACAGGGAGACUCAGCAGAUUGCUAGGUAGUGUGGGCAAGCUGGGCAGUGGCAGCAGGCAGGGCAGUGCUGGCAAGGUGAUCUCCAGGCGAGGCAGCAGGGACGCUGAAGGUCCAGGGGAGGGCAUGGGGGGGAGCAGGGCUGAAGGCGACACAGCAAGUGAGGACGAGGGGGAGGAGGACGCGGAGGAGCGAGAAGAGGGGCGGUGGGUGGGCCGGAUGUUUGUGAGCCGCCGGGUGAUAGGCCACGGCAGCCACGGCACGCUGGUGCUGGAGGGGAGGUUGGAGGGGCGGCAGGUGGCGGUGAAGCGGCUGCUGUCGCAGUUCUACGAGCGGGCAAGGCAGGAGAUAGCGGCACUGAUAGCGACUGACGAGCAUCCCAACGUGGUGCGGUGCUUCGCCAUGGAGGAAGAUGAGUCAUUUGUGUAUGUCGCACUGGAAAGGUGCGCGUUCAACCUCACGGACCUGGUGCUGGCGUGCCGGGCUAACCUGGCUGCCGCUGCAGCAGCUGCAGCUGGUGCUGGUGCUGGUGGUGGUAGUGGAAGUGUUGCCAGUAGUGCAGAUGCUGCUGGGCCUUUCACCUCCUCCUCCUCCUCCACCUCCUCAGCUUCCUCCAACAGCAAGCCCACCAGUCCCUUCCACUCCUCCACAUCCACCACUGCCUCCUCUCUCUCCUCUUCCUCCUCCUCCUCCUCCUCCUCCUCCUCCUCCUCCUCCACGCUCCCUUCCUCUGACCCCCCUCUGCAACUCAAAACCCCCUCGCUCUCGCUCCGCCUCUCGCCCUCCUCGUCAGCCGAGAGGGAAAUCAUAUCAGCAGCGCUGGAGCGGGUGCAAGCCUACUGCUCCUCCCAGGGCGUGGGCCUGCAAGCGCUGUGUCUGUGGGACGACAAGGGCCAGCCGACCCAGCAGCUGGUGGGGCUAUUGAGAGACAUUGCUAGUGGGCUUGCUUAUCUGCACGAUCAGAGAAUUGUGCACCGGGACUUGAAGCCGCACAACGUGCUCAUCUCCCUGCUGCUGCCCAGCCGCCACAGUCAGCACAGCAGACACCGGCAACGCGGGCAGUCCCGCUCAAAGGCGCAAGCAGUGGUGAAUGGGAAUAUGGUUGGGGUAACGCCGGGUGAGGACGUUGGGUCUCCUGCUGUGCCAUCAACAGCAGGAGGAGAUGCAGCAGCAGCAGGAUCAGCAGCAGGAUUAGCAGCAGCAGCAGGAUCAGCAGCAGGAUUAGCAGCAGCAUUAGCAGCAGCGGCAGCAGACUCUGGAACUCCCACCGUCACAGCUGCAGCAGCAGUCACAGCAUCAGCCGCCUCGGCCGCCACAGCAGCAGCUGCCAUGGCUCGGGCCAUACCUUUUCUGGAGGUUCGGAUGCGAGGGAAACUCUCAGACAUGGGGAUAAGCAAGAGGCUGGGCGACGGGGCGAGCUCCUUUGACACGAUGACAGCGGGGUCGGGCAGCAGCGGGUGGCAGGCGCCGGAACAGCUGGAGGAUGGGUCCCGGCUGACCAAGUCGGUGGACAUGUUUGCCUUCGGGUGCCUCAUGUUCUUCUGUGUGAGCGGCGGCAGCCACCCAUUUGGGGAGUGGUUUGAGCGCGACGCCAAUGUGCUGGCAGGGAAGGGGGAUCUUUUUCCCAUCGACCACGUGCCGGAGGCUGUGGAUCUCGUUGCAGCUCUGCUUGACAGGGACCCCGAGAAAAGGCCCCCAGCGCACCAGGUGCGGAGGCACCCCUUCUUCUGGCCAGCAGAGCAGCGACUGGCCUUCCUGCGAGAUGCCAGUGACAGAGUAGAGGGCGAGGACAGGGAGCAGCACUCGCCGCUCCUGGACGCCCUAGAAGCAGCAGCGCCCCGGGCCAUAGCGGGCAAGGGGGGGAUCAGCAGGGCGCCCGGGGAGAGGGGAGGGGGGUGGAAUGAGCGGGUGGAUGGGGCGCUCCUGGGGAACCUGGGGAAGUACAGGAGGUAUAACUUCCAUAGUGUGCGGGAUCUGCUGCGUGUGAUACGGAAUAAGUGCAAUCACUACCGGGAACUGCCGCCCGAGCUGCAGGAGCGUUUGGGUUCACUCCCCGAGGGCUUUGAGAGAUACUUCCGAGAUCGGUUCCCUCAUCUGUUGCUGGAGGUCUACCACGUGUUGCUGCAACACUGCGCCCACGACCCCAUCUUCACAAAAUACUUCGCCCCAGUGAUUCCCCAAUAAGCCAUAAGAUGUGGCGUUUAUAACUAGAAAGAUGAGCGCAACAUGUGUGCAAGCUCGCUGGUAGGUCUUUGUAGUUUAGCGUAUAACAGACAAAGCCUAUGUUUUGUCUAAUAAGCCUCUAAUGUUUCAUAUCGGAUAG